AUCUUCUUAGUUUCUUUAGCUUUCUCUUAAUUCCUUGCCUCUGCGAUGUCGUUCCAUGGCUACGAUCCCGGGGAUCGUAACAGAUCCGUUAAAUAAUUGGGAGGAAAAAUGGGUAACGACGGUGGAGAACCCGGAAAAACCAGGACAAAUCCUAUGGGUGAAAUACAUGGAAGGGAUGUCGGAGGGCGAUUUAGAUGUACCUCCGUUGAUUUUGUGGUCUAUCUCGACCAGUCUAUCCAAGAUCCACCACAUCGGAACCGAAGGCCACCCUUCAGCCGCCCUCUCCGUGGCCACUCUCACCAUCCAAAAGAAAGGCAAAGGAGAUCUGCCAUGGCAGAUUCGUAUCUGUCAGGAAUCCCAACAGGAAGGAGAGGUCAAGACACGCCAUCGUUUUGGGUGAUCGCGUGAGGUAGGAGUGCGACUAAGAUCGUGCGCACCAUGCUCGACACCAGUGAUGGCGUCGCUAGGGUUCGUGAGACUGAGAGUCAUUUUUAGUCUGGAAAAACACCCCAGUUAAUUUCACUGUUAAGAGGGAAUAUAAAAGAGUUGAGAUGCAAGGCCAGCUGAGCAAGCUCAAUCUAUAAUUACUACUAUUUAUCUCUCCUUUGUUGUUUUAGUCUUUAAGAUAUUUACUUUGUUUUAUCAUUAGUGUAGAGGUCUC